AUGCAGUCGUCAUUAAAUGAUGAAGAGAUAUUAAACACUAAGUCAACUUUCAUAUCAAAGAAUUCUAAGAAAAAACAACCUCGUCUAGAAGAUGAAACUAAUCUACUUAACAAUAAAUAUAUGAAUGAUGUAAAAAUUAAGGUCAAAAGUAAAAAAUCAUCAGAUAAAUCUGUAAAUAAUGUACAGUCAUCAUUUGUAUCUUUGAAUAGUGACAACAUUUUCUCUAAAGAUUUACUUAAACGUUAUGAAAAAUUUAUGUAUCCAAAGAAUGAAAAUGGAUUUGAUGAUGAAAUGCAAACACAUGAAACACUGGAAUCAACAGAUUCAAACAAUGAUGAUCAUUUGAAUAUUGAGAGAAAUGAUAAAAAUGAAAGUCAAGCUGCCAAGGAAUGGCGUUUACGAGAUAUGGAGAUGCGUAAAGCUAUGCUAGCAGAAUUGACCACUGAACAGCAGUGUCUUCCUAAGGGACAAUUACAUCCACAAACUACAGAAGAAUUUGAAUUAGCCGUUCGUAAUAUGCCAUCAAAUGAAUUUUGUUGGAUUGCUUAUAUGACACACAUAUUGUCAAGCAAAGUAGAUCAUCAGUCUAUUAAUAGUAAUCUUAAUAAAGGAGUUAUUGAUGCUAGAGCAAUAGUUGAACGUGGGCUACGUGCUAUAUCAAAUUCUACCAGUAAUAAUCAACUAACCAAACAAUCUCGUUUACUCACAUCGUAUUUAAUUAUGGAAGCGAAAGAAUUGGAACGUCUCACUUGUCUUCAGAAACAACAACAAUAUCAUAUGUCAUCGUCAACAUCUAUGUCAGAUAUAGUAAUAGAAAUCAAUCACCAAUCAAAACGUGUUUCUCAAUUACUAACCCAAUUGUUAAAUUUAAAUCAAGCUCCGUUUAUUAGAAAAGCUAUCGAUACUCUUUCAGAUAUUGGUCAUCAUACCCGCGCUGAGGAAUUAGCUCGCCGCCAAAUCAAAUCUUGUCCAAACGAUGUUGACCAUUGGCUUUCACUUAUAAGAGUUCGAUUUCGAGCUGGUAAUGUUGAAGCUGCUCGAGAAGCUCAACGAAAUUCGGCCUCGCUGUUAAAAUCGUCUCUUCUUCCACAACUUGCUAUUGGUGUUGCGAGAAUUGAGUUUGAAUAUGGUGACGUUGAUCGUGGAAUACGCUUACUACAAGAACAAUUAACUGUUCAUCCUAAACGUAAACUUCUAUAUGAAGAAUGUAUCAAAUUAUUAAUAAUGAAUGGGAAAAUUAAAGAAGCCAGAACUGUUCAACAGCAAGCUGAGAAAAAUUUAAAACCUGUCCAAUGUACUACGUUAAAUUCGUUGUUUGAAGGUCAAGUGACAUGUUGA